UGGAUAUAAGAAACAGUUUUUUGGAAAAGCACGACGUGAUGAACCUCGAAGAAGUACAUGCAUCAGACUGCGAAAGCGAUGAUGACUUUUAUGUUGAUUUCGUUACUUUAAGCAAGGGCAGCAAAAGGAGUAAAAUUUCGCGGGUAACAAGGCAUUCUGCAGGCGAUAAUAGCGACUACAAGUCUAAGGAAUGUGAUGACCUUAUUUCAGAAGAGGAGUCUGAUAAAUCGCGAUCGGAUGCUUUGUGGGCUGAUUUUCUUGGUGGCGAUAUGACUGAAAGUGUAAACAACCAAAAAACAAAUUAUGCCUCGGAAAAUAGUUCCCAAGAGACUCGUAACAAAAAUAAAAACCGCGGUACGGAAAUAAAAACUCCAAAACACGGUCCCAAAAAAAAGUGGACUCCGCCUAUUUCAAUUUCAAAAAACGGAAAAAUUAAACGCCCAUCCGCUGAAAACGGUAUCGGCUCUAUUAUGAAUAAACUCGAAAAGAAAAAAAACUUGACAGUGCUUGAGAGGUCACAAUUGGAUUGGAAAAUAUUUAAACAAGACGAAGGCAUAGACGAACUUCUGUGCUCGCAUAACAAAGGCAAGGGCGGAUAUUUGGACCGCCAAGACUUCUUGCAGAGAACCGAUCUUAGGCAGUUUGAAAUUGAGAAGAACUUGCGGCUUUCUCGCAGACCAUACUAACCCCUAAACCUACGUCGACUUGGAAGUAAACGCUUUGGUAGCGCAAACUUUAAAUAUAUUACAAAAGAAUAUAUAUAUAUAUAUAGAGUUAUAAAUAUCUUAAAUUAUUUUCUAUACCAGAAUAAAAAAAAUUUUUGAGCGUACACCAAAUUGAAAA